CAACGCGAGUCAUCCAGUGUAAUUAGAGCGGGUACCAGCGCGACAGCGACGAGCACGACGACGAACAGCGGCGUCAUACUGUUUCCAUGGACCUGACGGAAGCUUUCGUGCCAGGAGGUGGCGGUGAGGACCUGCCGAAGACAGACUUCUUCGACUUCGUGGUAUCGCCGCCGCCGCAUUGCACCUCGGCCGACGGCGUUGUCUCCGACGAAGAGAGUUUCCUGCACCGCGGCACCAGUGGCUGUCGCACCAUGGGCGGCUAUCUUCAGCAGGCUCAUGAUGACCACGAGGGUGCACAUGGCGGCUCCUUUAUCAAGGAAACUAACAACAACACGCUGACGGCGUUGCCACCUGUCUCGACCAUCACCGGCUCGCUGAGCCAUCAUCAUCAUCACGCGCAUCAUCAGGUGCGCUCGCAGCAUGGCGGUGUGCAGCAGACCGGCAGCGAGCCCACCGCCAUGGAUCAAUCCGAGUGUGACUAUUGGGGUCAGGAGGACGAGGGCAAGGAGCAGACGUGCAACAUCCUGUUGGAGGACCUGAACAAGUAUUGCUGGUCUACGAACGCGCAUACUAAUGACAGUGUCCUUCAUCCGGCAGCGGGUGGUCCUGCGGACCAUCAUCAGGCCGUGGUUGCGGGACGCGGCGGCUGCGCUACUAACGACCGACAGAAUACGGACGGUGCCAUCUACACGCUCACGGUGCUGAACAACGAGGCAAACUCGAUGGACGGGUUGGACUGCUGCAAGAGCCCGGCACCAGCAUCUGGUGACUCUUGGUCCCUGCGGCCCAACCUAGACCUGGAUGCGAUUCUCAGCAUGGAACCGUCUUCGGGCGAGCAGGAUCACGAGCAACCGACGGGAGGCGAUGUCACCAGGAGCGUCAACGAGAGGUUCCACCAGGCGGAUGGACGUGGUUUUACUGUGCCCUCAUCGCAAUAUACUACUGAUGACAGCGGCUUCGUCGAGAGCAAGGAGCUGUGUGCACGGGCGUCUUCUGCUAAUUGCUCUGGCGACAACAACAACGACUGGAAGCUGUCGGAUCAGAAUCUCCAGGAAGUAGCAGCCGCUGCGGCGGCUGCGGUCGCCGUUGGCGCUGGCGAUUCUGCUGAGAGUUUGCUGCGAAGUGCUCUUCAAGGUAAAUUGUACACUGGAUCGACUCAAUCGGUCUCUUCAUCGUCGCCGUCCUCGCAGACAUCUGCGAUCGCAAUGCCGGUCUCGGGAAACGCUGGCCUGAUAGUAACCGAUCAACAGCAGCAACAGCAACAACAGCAGCAGCAACAACAGCAGCAGCAACAGGAAGACUCUAUGCAGGCAUGCACCGAUGAGGACUUGCUGCUUUCGCAACUGGACCAAACGACUUAUCGACCAGGCGAUUACGAGAAACUGAAGAGCAUCGCGAACGAGGUGGUGGAGUCUUAUUGCAGUCUGGAACCGGUCUGCAACGUGUCAGCGACCACCACAGUCAUGUACACGUUGGAUCCAGCAAGCGGGAGUCUCGGCACCAUCACGUUACCGGCUGAUCUGGGUCAGGUGAGCACUGUGACGGUAGUCACGGCCGCCCAGCAGGAUGUUCUUCAACAGCAAUCUGCUCAACGAACUGAUGUGGAUCAGCCACAGCAACAACAGCAGCAGCAACAGCAACAGUCGAAUCAGCUACAACUAACUUCCGCACGUGUUGGCGUCACUUCCAAAUCGCCAAAGAAGUACGUCAGACGCGGCAAUCGUAACAGCAACAACGCAAACGGCGCGAGCAACGGUAAUGCCGGCUCGGACGCCGGUAGCAAUGCGAAUCAGCAACAGGCUGGCGGCUCGGGUGGUUCGCCCGGUAGCGUUCAGCGCAAGGAGCGUUCUCUGCAUUACUGCAGCAUCUGCAGCAAAGGUUUCAAGGACAAGUACAGCGUGAACGUGCACAUCAGGACGCAUACCGGCGAGAAGCCGUUUGCCUGCUCGCUUUGCGGCAAAAGUUUCCGCCAAAAGGCUCACCUGGCUAAACACUAUCAGACCCAUGUGACCCAGAAGCCCGCCGGCAUCCAGCAAACUUCCGCAUCCGGGAGCAACAACGGAAAUACCAGCCCGACGACGGAGACCAAUGCAACUUCUCCCGCCAUUGCCAGCAGGGCACAAGUCACCGUGGACCCGACAGGAACCGCCUGCAACCCCCCCAGUUAGUUCGCAAACGGCACGACACACGUCGUCUACGUUAAUCUGAGUUUAUUGAAAAAGACGACGGCCGUGGCAGGUCUUUGCCUUUUUCUUAUUCUUCAUUCCUUUUUUUUUUCUUUUUCAUACGAGCGUAAUAAAGAGCGACGAUGAUUUCUACGAUGGAAAUCCUCGAACCGAGCUUGUGAGGAAGAGCGAACCAUGACGAGUGAUUAGUAGUAUGACGCAGCGUGUAUCGGGUGUCCAUGAACAAGCCCACGUAGUCACAAGAAAUAAAUUUCUCAGAGAAAUAUAUUUGAUUUGUCGAAUUUUGAGGAUAUUAGCACUCGAGUACUUGACUCAGACUUAAUUCGGUUUGCCCAAUUACUUGAAUCGAAUUCAAGUUGAUCUAAUUACGUUGACUUACUUGUUUGAAUUGUUAUUUGAAUUAGCUCAAUUAAGUUUACUUAAUCAUUUCGUGAAAGUAUUAAAUUAACUCGAGCACAAAGAACUUGAAGCGUUAAACUGCACGAAGAAUUGAUUGCGAAUCACGUGAAGAAUAGGGAUGAUUUUCAUGUGACACCCUGUACGCCAACAGGAAGCCGAUUGAGCUUUGCAUGGCGAAACUAUGCAACCGAAGAGGUUAUUAAUUAAAAAGUUGAUUAAGAACCUUGAUUUUUGUUUGCGAGAUUAUCUAUCCUAACGGCGGCAGCUCGCCGUCGAAUUUUUGUAUUAACUAUUAUUAAUUAAUUAUGGACGAUAGCGGGGAGCUAAUAGCUUCCCUUAUAUUAACAUGACAUCCGUGAAAUUGUUGUUCCUACGAUCAUUCAAUUACCGUUAAUGACAAUGACAACGACAAAGACUACAACAAUGACGACAACAAGGACAAAACGACGAAUGUUUAUAGGCUAAUUGACGAUUAAUUAUAUUUAAUAGCCACGAAAUAUUAACGUUGAAGAUGUUUUAUAUAAAAAAUAAAUCUUUUAUAUAUAUAUAUAUAUGUAAUUAUACACAGAGUGUCUCGAAGCCAUAUCGAACAUUCUUUUUAUUACAACUGUUGCGAUUAGUAAAGAUAAUUAUACCAUAACGACAAAAUCGACAAUAUCGAGAGAAUCUAUCAAUUAUAAUUAAUUUAUAAAUCAAGAUUUAUUUUGAAAUAAAGAUCGAUUUGAUUAGCUAAGAGAUCUGUAAUGAGAGGAUCGUUCGUUGGUUUCGAGGCACUCCGCGUACACAGAGAGUAGAUUAGGCAGUAACUUAGAGCGAUUUAAGUGCAGAGUAUCGAGAGGAAUACCCCUUAAUAAGUAAUUAGUAGCAUGAGCUGUGAUUUAGGUACAUACUCAAUGAGCGGUUUAGAGCGAAGCAAACGUAACGAGAU